AUGUCGCGUCUUCACUCUAUGGAGGUUUCGGGCAUUCGCUCCUUCGCCGUGGAGCCUUCGGAGAAAAUCAAGUUUGAGACCCCCCUUACUCUCAUAGUAGGCCAGAAUGGUUCUGGAAAAACCACCAUCAUCGAAUGCCUUAAGUUUGCCUUCACCGGAAUGCAGCCUCCCAACACCAAAGUCGGCGGUGCUUUCGUGCACGAUCCCAAACUGGGCAACGACAAGCUGGUCAAGGCUUUGGUGCGAGUAUCUUUCAAGUCUGCAGAUGGGGCUUCACUGGUCAUCGCACGACGUCUAGAAUUGACUGUCAAAAAGGCCACUCGUUCUCUGAAAUCCUUGGAAAACUCGUUGAGUCUGUCUAAAGGAGGCGAAAAGACUGUAAUCUCAUCCCGGGUGGCCGAGCUGGACUCGAUCAUGCCCAAGUACCUUGGUGUCUCAGCCGCCAUUAUUGACAAUGUAAUAUUUUGCCACCAAGACGAAAGCUUUUGGCCUUUGAGCGACCCCUCGACUCUGAAGAAGAAAUUUGACGAGAUUUUUGAGGCACAGAAGUACACAAGGGCGAUUGACAACAUCAAGCAGAUUCGCAAGAAACACAAUGAGGCACUGGUCCAUUACAAGGCUUCCGAACAAAUUGCAAAGAAAAACAAGGACGAUGCCAUCAAGGUUCAGAGGAAUAUGUCCCGCCUCCAAGAAGAAGUGGAGUCGAUGCGGGCAAAGGUAGAAGAAUUGGAACUCAAGAUAAGAAAUGCCCGAAACCUUGCCGAUGAAGCUUGGAGAAAAGGUGAAGACUAUGCCAAGAUCCUAGGAUCCUUGGAGGGGAAGCGGAUCGAGGCCCAGGGCCGACAAAGCACUAUCAACGGUCUCGAGCUCCAUCUUGAAGAAGUGAACGAGUCGGAUGAAUGGCUACAGACGAACCUAGACCAAUUCGAAGUAAGACAACACGAGUUGAGGGACAAGAUGCGCCAACGACAAGAAGAGUAUAUUGAGCUUCAAGACCAGAUCAAACAGCUUGGAAAGGACCGAGAGCAGAAGGUCAUGUUGAAGGGCAAGCACGAGCAGGAACAGGAUGAGCACAACCGCCAGCUUGUGCGACGGAAAGAAAUGGUGAGAGAGGUGGCUGCGAAACAUCAAAUCAGGGGCUAUGAUGAUCUCAGCGACGAAAGCCAUGUCGAAGAGUUCCUGCUCAGAAUCAAGAAGAUAUUAAAGGACCAGAAAGCCGCGCUUGAUCGCAUCAAGCUCGAGCAUACUGCAGCACGCCGGGAAGCCCAAACCCUUGUCAACAAAUUGGCUGCUCGAAGGGCUGCCUUGCAAGACAACAAGCUCAGCACAAGAAAGCAGAUGGACUUGAAUGAUGGAGAGGCCGGGGAGUUUCAGAGAAAAGCCGACAAAAUCGAAGCUGAUGAGGGUAGCAGGGCCGUCGUUGAGUCACGCAUUGAUAGCCUAAAUGCAAAGAUGCGUCAGGCAAGACAAGCUGCAGAGGCAGGUGAUUGGGAUCGAAAGUUGCAAGAUGCAAGCGUUGAGCUUCGCUCUCAUGAGGAUAUGAGCUCACGGCUGAAUGACGAAAUUGUCCUCGCGACCAAGAAAGCCGAAGAGUUGGCAAGGCUGUCGCAUUUGAAGCAAGAACUCAAACAACGCCAGCGAAGUCUAGAGACCUUGUUGAAUGCUCACAGCGACCGCAUCAGCAAAUUCAUUGGUCAGGACUGGACCCCUGCCAACGUGGAAAAAGUCCAUCAAGACGUUUUGGCAAAUGCCGUCCAUGAGGCCGCGUCAGUAGAAAGAGAAAGAGAUUCAAUUAGCAGGGAGCUGGACCAAGUCCAAUUCAAACAGAAGUCGAUUCGAGACGAUCUUGCACGGAAAAAGGCUGAAGCAGAGAAAUGCGACAAGAAGAUUCGUGCUGUGGUUGAAGAGGGGCCCGGAGGAUAUGAAGAGGCACUCCAUCAGGCAGAGGCUGAUGCAGACUAUGCACGGGAAGACAGUGGUCAGUAUGCCGGUCUUCACGAUUACUACCUGAAAGUCUUGGAAGCCCUAAAAGGAGACAAGCCUGCCUGCCGAACCUGUGUCCGAGCAUUCAAAGGCCCCAAUGAUCCAGCGUUGGAUAGGAUGAAGACACGCAUUGAAGGUCUGGUGAAGCAAACUCUGGCGGACGCGGAACGCACGAGUUCUAAAGAGGUUGAAGCGGAGUACAAGCGCCUACUUGACCUGGGCAUUGUGUACGACACUUGGAAGAAACUCGUCAACGUUGAAAUUCCUGCAGCUGAGAGAGACUUGGGCACUUUGAGCCAUGAGCGGGAGUCUCUGACGGCCAAGAUUGAGAAACACGACAAAGCUGUUGAGCAACGACAGCAAGUGAAACGUGAUGUUGAGUCAAUAGGUCGAACGGUGGCAUCUAUUGCGAAAUAUGAGGGCGAAAUCAAAUCGUUGAAUGGCCAGGUUGAAGACCUUGCCGCCAAACAGUCCCAACGUGGCGGUGGACGGACGAUGGAAGAUAUCCGAGAGGAACUCAACUCCGCUGCUGAAAAGAUUAGGGCAACACAAAUUGUCAUCACUCGACUCAGGACGGAACAGGAGCAAUCCCGGGUUGGCCUGUCUGCAAUGGAACUUGAGCUGCGCGAUCUUAAGGCCGAGCUGAGCAACGUCGACUUUCAGUUGGACAAAAAAGCAUCACUGAUGGCUCGAGUGGAGGAGUUUCGUGUUCUCAACCAGAAGCAGAGAGAGACGCUUGAGAAACUCGACUAUGAUAUUGAGAAGUUGGACCCGGAAAUCGCAACGGCCAAAGCGAAAUAUGAGGACGUUGAUCAACGCGCAGCCGCAAUGGAACAAGAUAUGUCUCACGAGCAGUCCGAGCUCAGUGAGAGCGUCAGUGGUCUAGACAUCCUGAACGACCAGGUGCGCGCUUAUAUCGACCGGGACGGACCAAACCAGCUUGCGCACAUCAACAGAGACCUAAUUCAAUUGGAGCGGGAGUUGGAGCGGUUGCAAGGGGAACAGUCAAGAUUGACUAGAGACAUGAAUAAGAUCAACGAUCAGAUUCGGGACAGUGAGUCUACGCGGAGACGGUACUCGGACAAUCUACGAUAUCGACAGGAAACUCGUGCACUAGCCCGGUUAAGAACGGAGAUUGAGGAUCUUGCCAGUCAAAAUACUGAAGCGGACCGAGUCAAGUUUCAAAAAGAGUCGGAAAAGUGGACCCACGAACACAAUAAACUCAGUGCGCUGCAGGCCGGAGUGAUGGGAGAGAUGAAAUCGAAGGAUGCUCAGCUUCUGGAGCUGCUCCAAAAUUAUCAGACGGAGCUAUCUGAUGCACCUCACCAAUACAAAGAGGCACAUAUCAAAGUGGAGGCGACGAAGGCUGCCGUGGAAGAUCUGGGACGAUAUGGAGGAGCAUUGGACAAGGCGAUCAUGAAGUAUCAUAGUCUGAAGAUGGAAGAGAUCAACAGCAUCAUCGAAGAGUUGUGGCGGAAGACGUACAAGGGCACGGAUGUCGACACUCUCAUGAUUCGGGCAGACAAUGAGUCUGGACGAGGCAAUCGAUCCUACAACUAUCGGGUAGUAAUGGUCAAGAGAGGCGCGGAAAUGGACAUGCGCGGACGAUGCAGCGCAGGACAAAAGGUUCUGGCGAGCAUCAUUAUCCGGCUCGCACUGGCCGAAUGUUUCAGCGCCAAUUGUGGGUUGAUUGCAUUGGAUGAGCCUACAACAAACUUGGACCGUGAGAAUAUUGAAAGCCUGGCGCAUUCUCUACGCGACAUUAUCAAGUACCGGCGACAGCAAGCGAACUUCCAGCUCCUCAUCAUCACGCAUGACGAGGAUUUCCUGCGACAGAUGGACUGCGCAGAAUUUGCCGGGUAUUACUAUCGAAUCUCUCGAGACCAGAUGCAGAACUCGAUCAUUGAGCGACAGAAGAUUACCGACGUGCUCUGA